AUGCUGCCGUGUCUUCCUCUCUCGCCGUCGAAGUUCUUGUUAACUGUUUCUCUCGCCAUCUCUCUCUUCCUCUCUAGCCUAGGACCCGAGAAAACUAAGCCAAGAUUACCUGAGCAAGUUUCCAUUGUCUGUACAUUCAUGGAGGCCAACGGCAACGGUGUAAUGGUGAACGAGGCAUCCAAAAUCAAAAGUGAAAUCGAAUCUUUAGAGGCCAAAAAGUCCCAAAUUGAUCUUCGAAUCUCUGCUCUUCGGGCACAACUUAAUAGUUCAAAUUCUAAUGGUGUGAGAAAAGAACAGGUAACUGAUUCCAGCUAUUCACCCUCAACUGGGUUAUCUUCCAAUGGCCAAUUGUCAGCCGAUAUGGUCUAUAGAUACAGCCGGCAUUUGUUGCUUCCUUCUUUUGGAGUUGAAGCGCAGGCCAAUUUGUUGAAGUCUUCGGUGUUGGUUAUUGGAGCUGGAGGGUUGGGUUCACCUGCUCUGCUGUAUCUUGCAGCUUGUGGUGUUGGUCGUAUGGGUAUUGUUGAUCACGAUGUGGUGGAACUUAACAAUCUGCAAAGGCAGAUAAUCCAUACUGAAGCAUAUAUUGGAUGGUCAAAAGUAGAGUCUGCAGCUGCUGCUUGUCGUGCGAUUAACUCUACUGUUCAAAUAGUGGAGCACAAGGAAGCAUUCUGUACAUCCAAUGCUUUGGAGAUUAUGAGCAAGUAUGACAUAGUCGUAGAUGCAACAGACAACGCCCCUAGUCGCUAUAUGAUAAAUGAUUGCUGUGUUGUGUUGGGAAAGCCUCUAAUAUCUGGAGCUGCACUCGGACUUGAAGGGCAGCUCACAGUUUACAAUUACAAUGGAGGUCCAUGCUAUCGAUGCUUAUUUCCAACUCCGCCACCUACAACAGCGUGUCAAAGAUGUGCAGACAGUGGAGUUCUAGGAGUAGUUCCUGGUGUUAUUGGAUGUCUUCAAGCGUUGGAAGCUAUAAAGGUUGCCACUGCUGUUGGGGAGCCACUUUCAAGGAGAAUGCUUCUCUUUGAUGCACUUUCGACCCAAAUUCGUGUAGUCAAAAUUAGAGGGAGAUCAUUGCAUUGUGAAGCCUGUGGAGAAAAUGCUAUAAUGACAGCACAGCAAUUUCGUAAUUUUGAUUACGAAAAGUUUACCCAAUCUCCAUUAUCCACGUCUCCACUGAAGUUAAACCUGCUUUCAGAAGAUGCUAGAAUAACGAGUAAGGAGUAUAACGAGAGAAUCGUGAAAGGCGAAGCGCAUGUAUUGGUCGACGUGCGACCAUCACAUCACUUCAAGAUUGUUUCACUUCCUAAUUCGAUUAACAUUCCUCUUGAAAAUUUGGAAGGGAGGUUAUCCGAAAUUUCCACAUCCCUGGAGGAGGGAGGGAACAAGAGUGUUGAUACCAGUGAAGGUGCUUCUUUAUACGUUAUCUGUAGAAGAGGCAACGAUUCGCAGAGGGCAGUAGAAUUCCUCCACAAGAUGGGUUUUACUACAGCGAAAGAUAUUAUUGGUGGCCUCGAGUCGUGGGCUCAUGACGUCGAUCCAAAGUUCCCUAUUUAUUAG